AUUCGCUGUUGGCUCUCCGUUGUGAUUAGAUGUGUAUGUGGAAACCCGUAUUGCAGCUGAAACUAGUUUAGUUAUUGCCACAGAAAAGGAAAAACCAUCACAGAACUAAUUGAUUACUAAAAAUAGAGUUUUGUUCACAACAUCAUUUUAAAACUUGACGAUGAAGUGCGUUUUCCUGAUACUGGCUGCACUUGGAUUAAGUUUUGCGGGGGAAGGUAGCACCUAUGACCAUUUUCGCUUGCCAACGGCUCUUCGACCACAAAGUUACGAUGUUCGCAUCCUGACACAAUUGGAAAAUCCGGACGAUUUUCACUUCAACGGAACUGUGAAAAUUCAAAUAGAAGUUUUGCAAAACACACACAAUAUAACUUUGCACUCAAAGGAUCUGACCAUCGAUGAUACGGAAAUCACUCUCAGCCAAAUUGGCGGAGAAGAGACAACGGAGAACUGCAUAACGUCUACGGCAGUGAAUCCCACACACGACUUCUACAUUCUCAACACGUGUAAGGAGCUAUUGGCUGGACAAUUUUAUGAGCUGAGUUUGCCCUUUUCGGCCAAGUUACAAGAUCAACUGGCGGGCUACUACCGAAGUUCCUAUGUCAAUACAGUGGCCAAUGAAACGAGAUGGAUCUCCGUUACUCAGUUUGAGCCAGCUGCGGCUCGACUGGCAUUUCCCUGCUUCGAUGAACCUGGCUACAAGGCAUCCUUUGCCAUCACCUUGGGUUAUCACAAGAAGUACACCGGUCUCAGCAACAUGCCCGUGAAUGAAACAAGGCCACAUGAAUCCAUUCCGGAUUAUGUAUGGACCUCGUUCGAGGAAUCAUUGCCGAUGUCCACCUAUCUGGUUGCCUAUUCCCUAAAUGAUUUCUCCCACAAACCAUCUACUUUACCCAAUGGAACUCUUUUUCGCACCUGGGCCAGGCCAAAUGCGAUCGAUCAGUGUGAUUAUGCCGCGGAGCUUGGACCCAAAGUACUCAAAUACUACGAGGAGUUAUUCGGCAUCAAGUUUCCGCUUCCCAAGGUGGAUCAGAUCGCUGUGCCGGAUUUUAGUGCGGGUGCCAUGGAGAACUGGGGUCUGGUUACCUUUGCGGAGAGCACCCUUCUGUAUUCCCCGGAGUACUCCUCGCAGGAGGCCAAGCAAGAGACUGCGAAUAUAGUGGCUCAUGAGUUGGCCCACCAGUGGUUUGGCAACCUGGUCACGAUGAAGUGGUGGACGGACCUUUGGCUGAACGAGGGAUUUGCCACUUAUGUGGCCAGUUUGUGUGUGGAGGACAUCCAUCCACAGUGGCGUACCCUUCAAUUGGAAUCAAUGUCCAACCUUCUUACCAUUUUCCGAAAGGACUCUCUGGAGAGUAGUCAUCCGAUUUCGAGACCCAUUGAAAUGACUUCGCAGAUUUCUGAGAGCUUUGACGAAAUCUCUUACCAGAAGGGAUCGUCGGUGAUUCGCAUGAUGCACUUGUUCCUGGGCGAGGAAGCGUUCCGAACAGGACUUAAGUCAUAUCUGGAGAAAUACACUUAUAAGAACGCCGAGCAGGACAAUCUUUGGGAAUCUCUUACCCAAGCUGCCCAUAAGACUGGUUCUGGAAAGUGUUCCCAAGACCAUUCACGAUCUGCCAGGACCCGAUCAGUGGGUAAUCUUUAACAACCAACUUUCGGCGCCGUAUAAGGUCAACUACGAUGCCCAGAACUGGAAACUUCUGAUUGAGACUUUGAACAGCGAGGAUUAUCAUUCCAUCCAUGUGGUCAACAGGGCCCAGCUCAUAGACGAUGUCCUGUACUUCGCUUGGACAGGGGAGCAGGACUACGAGAUCGCUCUGCAGGUGAUCAGCUAUCUGGAGAGGGAACGGGAGCUUCUUCCCUGGAAAUCGGCCUUCGACAAUCUGCAGUUCGUUAGUGGCAUUCUUCGACAGACGCCGAACUUUAGGUUUUUCAAGAACUUUACAAGGAGGCUUAUCACUCCGAUAUAUGAGCACCUGAAUGGCAUCAACGAUACAGUCGCCUCCGAAGAACAGCAGGACAAGACCAUUUUGAAGGCGAUAGUGGCGGACUGGGCAUGCUCGUUCGAGGUUUCCGAUUGCGUUACCCAGGCCUUGAGCUUCUACCGUAGCUGGCGAUCAGAGGCUAAUCCUGACGAGGUUAACCCAGUGCCGCUGGGCAUUCGGGGCGUUGUGUACUGCACGGCGAUCAAACAUGGCUGUGACGAGGAUUGGGAUUUCCUGUGGACUCGGUACCAGAAGGCUAAUGUGGCCACCGAAAAGCAAAUCAUUCUGGAUUCCCUGGGUUGUUCGCAGGAGGUCUGGGUGCUGCAGAGAUAUUUGGAAAGGAACUUUGACGGAAUGGGGGACAUUCGGAAGCAGGAUUCAACUUCUGUCUUUCAGGCGAUUGCCGAUUCGGAAGUAGGGUUCCUUUUGGCCAAGAAGUACUUGAUGGAUAACGUGGACUCCAUUUCCAAGUUCUACCAUCCUCAGUCAGAAUCUAUGUCUGAACUUCUGCCGCCACUUUCCGAACAAAUCUUUACACAAAGGGACUAUGAUGAGUUUAUGAACUUCAUGGCCAGUUCCAAGGAUCAGCUCAAGGAUAUAGAACAGACCAUCAGUCAAAGUUUGGAGACAAUGCUCAUCAAUGUGCAGUGGAAGGAGCGAAACUAUGAGAGGUUCACUCGAGCCAUCAGUAAACAUUUUUGAAUCAACUAACUACUAGGUUGCUGAAUAAAUAUCAUUUACUCG